GCUAUGUGUUUUGUACAGGUUAGAGAAGAAGGCAACAGGUGUGCUCAGUUUACACAGGUCAGAGUGCUCUCACUGUGACACCUGCUGAGUGUCAGGGAUUUCCUUGGGGAUUUAAACAGCUGAGAAUAAGGCCAAAAACAAUGGCCAACUUCGGAGGACAUGCCAUUCCUGGCACAUUUUUUCUGUUUUAUGGCUUUUGGCUAACAGUGAAACACAUUCUCCAACACUACUGGAGGACAAGACAGCCUAAAGGAAGGCAGAUUAUACCACCCUUCUUUAAAAAAAUGGAAUACCUUGAAGGAGGAUUCAAAAUCUUUGCCUCAUUUGUUGGUAUUAUGGUCGAGCAGUUUGUGGUGGAUGGACCACACGCCCACCUGUAUGACCAGACGAGCAGGUCAUGGGUUAAGCUGAUGAACUGGCAGCACAGCACGAUGUAUCUGUUCUUUGGAAUUUCGGGAAUAGCAUUAGUCACCAGUACUGCAUCCAAACUGGUACCAGUUGGAGUUGACCGCUUUGCUCUCUCCUUGGCUCUUUUUGUUGAAGGAUUUCUGUUCUACUUCCACGUGCAUGCUCGGCCUCCUCUGGAUGCUCACGUCCACUCCUUGCUGCUGGUGGCUGUGUUUGGUGGAUCAGCCAGCACCAUGCUGGAGGUGUUUAAAAGAAACAACAUUACUCUGGAGCUGCUCAGGGCAUGCCUAUUCAUCCUGCAAGGUUCAUGGUUCUACCAGAUUGGAUUUGUGCUUUACCCCUUGAGUGGACCAGAGUGGGACCUGACACUACAUAACAACAUCAUGUUUGUCACAAUGUGCUUCUGUUGGCAUUUAGCUGUGGCCCUGCUUUUAGUUGCUUGUACCUCCUGUGUGGUUUGGUUAACAGUGACACGAUUCUCGAACAGGGGACAGGACAUAGAAAUUGGAAUGAGAAACACAUCCUCCAAAGAAAGCUCUCAGAAGGCUUUGCUUGAAGAGUCUGAUGAAGAGUGAAGGCAUGGUUACUGUUCUUUGCAAUUUUACUAAAAUGUAAUAUCGUUUACUAUUAAUAAGAAAACCAUGCUGUAUAAGCCACUCUGCUUUAGAGAUUUUGUAAAUAAACAAAUAUAACAAU